AUGUUUUCGUUUCAACCGACAGAAAGCAAAAACGCACACAUCCUUGAAUCGAGCAGCCCUCUUCUUUCUUUCCUUUUAAAACAACAUGCCUAAUUUAAGGAAAUCUUUGCGUCGAAACUUUUGGCAUUCUCGUGCGCAAAAGCCGCCUUCGUCUUCAUCUCUGCCUUGUGUAGCAGCAACUCAAACCAUCGACAACAACAAGCCUUCUUCGACCUGCUCUUUUGCGCCCGUUAAAUCGCCGUCGUUUGAGAGGCUUCGGAACGAUGUAGCGAUUCCUGCGCUGCUAGUUAAUUGCAGUCAGGAAAUUCAAUCACGAGGCCUUUCCACUGAAGGAAUUUUUCGUCGUUCGGGGAACUCUGCAUUAAUUGAAAAACUCCUAAAGGAAUUUGCAGCGGCUGACGAUCCGUUCCACAUUGAUCUAAGCACUGUUCCCGUGCAUACACUCACAGGCCUCUUCAAACGCUAUCUUCAACAACUUUCCGAGCCUGUGAUCCCCAAACUGCUUCAGCCGGAGCUGCUGAAUGCUUAUGAAAGCACACCAGAUGUCCGAGAAAAAGUGCGUCGAAUCAAUGCCGCAUGUCAAUCACUGCCAGACUUUCAUGGGAUCCUGCUUUGCUUUAUCAUCCGGUUUGCCCAUAGUGUCAGUAAUCAUGCCGACCACAACAAGAUGACGCCCGAAAACCUGUCAAUUAUCUUAGCGCCAACUUGUGUACGACUUGACGGCGUGAGCCACCUACUUUCGAACAGCAGCGAUGGAAACAUUUACAAAGCGAAAGCAUCGCCUUUACAGAAACCCGUAAAGAUGUUUCGUACUCUAUCGCUACGGAGAGCAAGCAAGCCAGCAGCAAUCCCCCAAUCAUCCUUAUCGCAGACGACACUCUCCUGCGAUAUAUUGUCGAAGAGUUCAUUGAAGGAUCGAUUGCAGCCGCUCUUUACAUCCAUGCACAAUACCAGCAAGUCGCAUAAGCUACAAGAACAUCAACAGCAACGGCACAUGCCGAAAUACGCACCACACAAUCUGCUACAACUUGAAUUGAUUAAGGACAACACCCGCUGGAAUAAAUUUUUCCAGUUCAUGAUCGAGAAUGCUCCGAAGUUUUCUUACGACAGCAACGUUAACGACAACAACAACAACAAUGCGUCCAUACAGGAAAAUAUAGUUGACGACGGUAACAGCCUAAAGUCAGAAUCUACUAGCUCUCUAUCCUCGCCAAAAGUCAAGAGAAUCAAAGAUAUUUUUGGCAGCAUGCUUGCGAUGUUUCCUGACAUUGCUCGGGAGCUAAAAAUAACCAUGUCACCAACAAGAACAACAUCUCCUUCACGAGCGCUAGCCCCUUCAAUAGACCUACCGGCACCUGGCCAGUUGAUCAAUGGCCCAGAACCUAAUGUCUCUUCGGUCAGCUCACCAUCAUCAUCAUCAUCAUCAUCAUCAUCAUCAUUAUCACCACCAAUGUCGCCACCGCUAUUGUCAUCAUCCGCAGCCACAGUAGUAUCAAGAUCAGCACGCCAUCGAUUUGAUAUGGGUCUACCGCCACCAGCUGCUGCUAUGCCACCGACAAGAAGCUCGUUGGACAUGUGGUCAUCACCCCUUGCCCCACUGCGACGUACACUGACAGCCGACACACCCAGCAAUAUCGAUGAUGAAUCCGACUCGCCUUGUAGAUUCAGUGGCACAAAAUAUGAAGCUAUAUGGCAGCAUUGGAAAGAACGCGAAGAAGAGGAGCGACGGAAGAUACCAGCACUUAGUCUGAGGAAUCCUAACAUCCAAAGGAAAGGAGAUAUGUUAAAGUCGCUCAGUCAGAACGUAGCCUUUGCUGCUCCACCUACGAACAAGAGGCCAUUGUCUGUUGCUUUCAUUCCAUCUGCGCGGCCCAAUUACUUUCUGCGCUAACCCCUACCUCUCUUGCUGGCAUAGAAUAGCCUGUCUUUUAUUGUGUGUUCUUAUUAAUUG